AUGUCCUUCCUACAAAAUUUCCAUUUAAGUCCCGGUCAAACAAUCCGCUCCUCGAGAGGUUUCAAAUGGAAUAACUCAAACCAAGAAGGUCGUUCCCAGGAUAAUUCAAGACCAUCCUCCCCCAUAAAAGCCGGUAACACGAACUUCAAUGCCAAUAAUAACAACACAAACAACAGACCAUUUGAUGAUCUGGGCACAACCACCCAAACAAGACAACCUCAAUUGCCCAUACAACCACCAAAUACUAUAAUAUCAGACUCUCAACAACCUCAAGUGACAGAUUUUAAUUAUAUGCCAUCUCACCAAAAGCCAUACAUAGUUCAACAACCGGGUACUACAGUGACCACACAUCAAGAUAUUAAACAAAUCGUGGAGAUGACGUUGGGUUCUCAAGGUGUCUUGAACCAAGCUGUUAAAUUACCUCGUGGAGAAGACGAGAAUGAAUGGUUGGCUGUCCAUUGUGUCGAUUUUUAUAACCAAAUUAAUAUGCUAUAUGGUACGAUAACGGAAUUUUGUUCUCCACAAUCUUGUCCUCGAAUGAUUGCCACGAAUGAAUACGAAUAUUUAUGGUCAUAUGGUAAGGGAAUCCCACCGGUUUCCGUAUCUGCUCCUAAAUACGUCGAAAGUUUAAUGAGGUGGUGUCAAGAUCAGUUCGACGAUGAAAUGAUCUUCCCCGCUAAGAAAGAUGGCGUAUUCCCAGAUAGAUUUAUUGAUAAAGUUAUUAUCCCCAUUUUAAGAAGGUUAUUCAGAGUGUAUGCCCACAUUUACUGUCAUCACUUUAAUGAAAUCUUGGAAUUAAGCUUACAGACAGUGCUGAAUACUAGUUUUAGACAUUUUUGUCUGUUUGCUCAAGAAUUUCAAUUAUUAAGAGCCGCUGACUUUGGUCCCUUGCUGGAAUUAGUAACUGAAUUGAGAGAUCGAUAA